AUGUUGUUCUUCAGCUUUUUCAAAACCCUCAUCGACCAAACGGUAACCGUCGAGCUCAAGAACGACAUCAAGAUCACAGGCACCCUCAAGUCCGUCGACCAGUACCUCAACAUCAAGCUCGAGGACAUUGCCGUGCAGGAGGAGCUCAAGUACCCGCACCUGAGCGCCGUCAAGAACGUCUUUAUCCGGGGGAGCGUCGUGCGGUACGUGCACCUGCCCAGCAGUGCUGUGGAUGUUACGCUGCUGGAGGAUGCCGCGCGGAGGGAGGCUCAGAACCAAGCUUCAAAGGCAAAAUGAGCAGCUUAGAGAACAAAAGGCCUUGGAAAGAGCGCGGGCGACAUCAUCGUGACCUGAUCACCCCCCUUACAGGGCGGACCAUCUAGAGAAACGUGUCUGUUGGUGAUGUAGGGCUCGAGGUAUACGGCAUUGCCAAAUGGUUUUUGUUGACUUUGGGGGAACGGCGAGGUGGUGGGUGCGGGCGAGGGGAAGAUUCCGAUUGCUAAGGGGCAGCGGGGAUAGUGAUGAGAUCUGAGAGGUUUUUUGGUGGUGCCAGAUGAUGGUGGCCUACUUGUUACUGAGCAUAGGACGACGUAAGCGUACUGGGCCUGCGGACACGAGAAAAUACCCAGAGUAGAAGGCAAGAAAAAGGAAGAAAGAAAGAAACAAACCACG